AUGGCCUAUAACAUAGCCAUGGUAUGCGACUUUUUCUACCCGCAACUGGGCGGUGUAGAGUUCCACAUCUAUCAUCUGGCUCAGAAACUGAUCAAAGCUGGCCAUUCGGUCGUGGUUAUAACGCAUGCAUAUGGGGAUCGAACGGGGGUGAGGUACCUGAGUAACGGACUGAAGGUCUAUUACGUCCCAUACACGAUCUUGUACCGAGAAACCAGUUUUCCAACGGUGUUUGCCAGUUUCCCCAUUUUGAGAAACAUUCUGAUCCGUGAGCAGAUUCAAAUUGUGCACUCCCAUGUUAGUGUGUCUUCCUUGGCACACGAGUCGCUGUUGCAUGCCACAGUCAUGGGACUCCAAACAGUGUUCACGGAUCAUUCCUUAUAUGGCUUCGACUCGUUAUCCUCAAUCCUCGCAAACAAAUCGUUGCGCUUCACACUCACAAACGUAGGAGCCGUAAUUUGCGUAUCCAACACUUGCAAAGAAAACAUGAUUUUGAGAGCAGACCUCGACCCGUCUCACAUAUCUGUAAUUCCAAAUGCCGUGGUAAGCAAAGAUUUCACGCCUGUGCCGAGACAUACGCGCAAGAAUCUCGACCAAAUAACUAUCGUAGUGAUCAGUCGUUUAUACCCUAACAAGGGAGCCGAUCUUCUGACGCAUUUGAUUCCUCAGAUCUGCAAUAUUCAGCAAAAUGUUAAUUUUGUAGUCGCUGGCGAUGGCCCCAAAUUUGUGGAUUUCCAGCAAAUGAUCGAGACUUAUCGUCUCCAAGAAAGAGUUCAGCUUCUGGGAUCAGUUCAGCAUGAAAAAGUGCGCGACGUAAUGUGCCAAGGUGAUAUAUACCUGCAUGCAAGUCUCACAGAAGCCUUCGGUACUGUGCUUGUGGAGGCUGCAUCGUGUGGGCUUCUAAUAGUAACAACAACUGUCGGUGGUAUACCUGAAGUUCUGCCGGAGCAUAUGACGGUAUUUGCAAAAGAGACAUCUGUCUCUAGCUUGGUUGAUGCCACGCUGAAAGCAAUAGAACAAUUAAAACAAGGCAAAGUUGAUACCUCGCUAUUUCACUCCGAAGUUGCUUCGAUAUAUGAUUGGACGGACGUGGCUGAAAGAACUGCCGCGGUAUACCAAAAACUUAUAUGCGAGUCUGCAACAAGAGAUCUAACUUGGUUGCAGCUGCUGAAAAACUACCACAACCGCGGCGGGCCUUGGGCACGUUUCUUAUACAUGUUAUGUGCUGUGGUAGAGUUCAUGCUAUAUCUGAUCCUAGAAUGGUGGUAUCCGAGGAAUCAAAUCGAUCUUGCAGUCAAAUGGAAACGGAAAGUGGAGUGA